AUGGACCGGUAUGAAGAUCUGUCGGACUGUGAAGUGGAUCAUUCCUUCUUUGAUAGUGAUUUUGAGGAAGAGGUGAAGAAAGAAGCAACAGCCACAAAAAUAGAUGGAAAGGAAAAUGGUGAGCACACACAAGUGGAAGAUACAAGUAUAGGAAAUCCUGAUGUUAAAAUAGAAACCAAAGCGGUGGUGGUUGACUGUUCUGAAGAAGAAAGACGAGAGAAAGAGACAAAAUCUCAGGAAGUGUGCACCCUAGGCAAUUGCACUGAUCAUCCUGAGAAUGCUUUGUCCUUUUUAGCUUCUUUGCAUUCAGAGACUGCAGGUACAUCUUGUAGUAUCUUGGCAGAGAGUGAAAGAAUGUAUGACAAAAAUAUUGCAAUUCAAGUUCCACAAAUAGUUAAAGAACAUGAAGAAAAUUACUAUACAGAUGAAGAAGAUAGUAGUGAUGACAGCAGAAACCAGAGGGUUAAACUUAAGAUUUCUAAGCAGUCUAACAGUGCAAAAAUUAACAAGAAUAUUGCAGCCAGUUCCUCUUCCUCUUCGUUUUCCCCAUCCUGUAGUUCUGAUACAGAUUGUUCAGACACAGAUUCUGAUGGUUGCUUGUCAGAUUCAUCUUCUUCUUCUUCCAAAAAGAAAAGCAUGUGUAGUUCAGCUCUUCUUUCGCCAAGACAAAAAUCUACUCCAGGAAUAAAGUCAGCAGAGGCAAAACCAAAACUGGGUGACUAUGCAGAAGAAUCUGAAGAUACAGUAACUGAUGUAACUCCUUUGUCAACACCAGACAUCAGUCCCAUCCAGUCUUUUGAACUUGCAGCAUCCAACGAUAAGAAGCUAAAGAUAAAAAGACAAGAAAAUGUGAGCCAGGACUUGUAUGAUCCCGACUUAGAUCACAGAUGUCAUCAAAAGGCCUUGCAUGAUGCUGUGGACUUGAAUCAUCUUUUGAAAGCCUUUCUGCAGCUGGAGAAAAAGGAACAACAGAAGCUAGUCCUGGAUCAGUCUCCUCCAGGGACAAGGAAAAACUACUCUUUUACAAAUGACGAAGUUCGGCAAAUUGAUCGGGAAAACCAAAGGCUCUUAAAAGAAUUGACAAAAUACUCUGUAAAGCCCAGAAGCAAAAGUGCCUCACUGAAGAAACCGUCAGGCCCAUCAUCUAAGAUGUACCACAGUGCCAUCAAUAGGCAGAAAGAACAGCAAAGGAUUGACAGAGAGAAUUUGGCUUUUUUGAAGAGACUUGAAGCAGUGAAACCAACAGUUGGUAUGCGGCGCUCAGAACAGCUGAUGGACUAUCAGCGGCAGAUGAGCUACCUAAGUUCUGCUCCAACCCCAAGGCGAGCAAAGUCUGCUUUAAGCCACCACAGUCCUUCUAGAGGUGCUUCACAAGCUUCCAGUCAUAGUGCAUCCAGUUCGGCAAGUCGAAGGAGUGAAAGACCCAUUUUUGACUCAUCCAAUGGAGCCCUGCAGCGACUGAACCCCACUAACAUUCCCACUGCCUGGAUAUAAUUUAUUUGCACGUUUAUCACCAAAUUUCUCAUUCCAGUGUAUUUGCAGAUUGCUGUAAUUCUGUGCAAGAGUAUUGUAAUGUUAACUGUUGGUGAUUAAAGGACACUGUAAAGUGAUAUGAACUGCAAAUGUAUUCAAAAUGUGAUUUCUUUGAGCAGGCAAAUUCUCUAUCUCCAUUGGAUAACAUUUUUCCAAUCAGUGUUUCCUCUAACAAGAUAGAUUUGUAUAAGAGAAAUGUCAUCUAAACACUGUAAAUCUUAUUUAUAUUUUUCUUUAAAUUUCAAAAUGAUGAUUGGAUUUUGAAGUGUGAGUGUUGAAUUGUUGCAUUUUUUGGACCAGAAGCAUAAAAUCUGCUUUUCAUCUAAACAGUUCAAUAAAAUUUGUAUCUGUUGAAUCCCUACAUCUUGUUUUCUUCCUGUGUAUUGAUAUUUUUAAUUUAGCAUAUUCUGUUUAUACAAAGUCUUUCAGAGUAAGUUACAUCACUGAUGUUUAAUAUAAAGUUUUACAGAAAUGGUAUAGAGAAUGUAUAUUAUUAAAUUAAUCUCCAUGAUUUAAUUGUGAACCUUGAAAUGGUGUUGGUUUGCUGCAUGAUGGAAAGCAUGAACUGUGUCCUUUCAGAUGAGCUCAUGCUCUGCCUUUUCUUCAGUUCUGUAUUCCAAGAAUUAAUUUUGAUUUUUUUAUAUCAACUCUCCAUGUGUAACACCAAUAAAAUGUGUUUCCAAAUAUUUAAUAUGACUUGCAAUUUAACCAGUACAUUAGGUUUCACCCCUUGUUUCCUAUAACUUGACAAAUCUGUUUUAGGCUGCAAUCCUAUAUACACUUACUUGGGAGUAAGCCCCUCCGAACAUACUGGAAUUUGGGAGUGAGCUCCACUGAACAUAGUGGGAUUUACAUUUGAGUAAAUGUAUAGGAUUGAGCUGCACAGUGAAUAUUAAAGAAAUAAGAAAAGCUUUCACUUUUAUGGGUUAAAUGUAGAACUUUGGCAUUACUUUUAAUGUUUUGAGCAGUAAAUUUUUAAAUGGUAGUGUGGUAACAAGUCUCUGGACUAGAGUUAUUUUUGGUGACCUCUUAAUGUGAUCUUUGGAUAGCUCUGCCAGUGUAAAGUAUUUGCAUAAUUACGUUGAUUGAAUUGUUCUUUAAAGUUUUGUUGUUUCUUGAAUGAGGUACAAAUGAUCAGCAGUUUUGUGAUCACACGUUUUAACUAGGGAUGUGCAUGAAAUGGGUUUUGUGUUUCAUUUCAAGCUUGAUGAAGGGCCUGUUUCGAGCUCGGAAUGGAACAACCCCGUUCUGAGUCGGAACACUGAGUGUUCCAAGUGCCAUUUUGGAGAGCUGUUUUUCCGGGGAGAACUGGUCUACUGAUCAGGGUAGGUGGGUAGACCAGGCCUCCGCCCUGCUUAGUGAACAGACCAGCUCAGGGCUGGUCUACCCACCACAUGAGGUGGGUAGACAAGGCCUCCGCCCUGGACAUUGCACAAUGGUCCGCCUCAGAGAACUGGUCUACCCAGUAAACCAGUCCUCUGAGGCGGGCUGACACACUAAGUCUGGGGCAGAGGCUUGGCCUACCAGCUGACCCCCAUCAGUCGACCAGCUCUCUCCAGAAAAACAGCCCUCCAAACUGGCACUUGAAACACGCAAAACGUUCUGACUCAGAACAGGAUGGUUCCGUUCCAAGCUCAAAACAGGUCUUUCAUUUGAAGGGCAUUUUGUUUUGAGCCCUGAAUACUCAAAAUGGCCUGUUUCAAGCUCGGAAUGUUCCGAGUUUGGAACGUUUUGCACAUCCCUCAUUUUAACUGUAAGCACUUUAAAAUCUUCACGUUACAGUUCUUUCCCUUGAUAAAAACCACAUUAUGUAUUCUAGGUUUAAAUAUCUUAAUGUUAAUGCUUUUUAAAAAUUGGUUAUUGGAGACACAGAUUUUGUAUAUCACUCUAAAUUUAUAAGUAAAGUAUUUAAUUGAAUUGUAUAUCUAUAUUCAGCAGUGCAAUCCCUUUUUGUGAGUUGUAUAUCCAGUAUGGCUAAGUAAGAUAUAUCAAGGUGUUAUUAAAUUAUUCCAUCAUACAGUUGAAUUCCAUCUACUUAAAUUUCUCUUUAAGUUUUUCUUCCCAGUGGCCACCUAGAACUCAACUUUAUCCCCUCAUUCUUUCUCUGUGCAUAAUUUCUAAUUAGAUUUCUUGCUUGUUUGGAGUGUGUGUAUAUAUAAUCGUAUGUCGUAUGUGCAUAAAACAUGUGCAUAAAAUGUUGGUAAAAAUGUAGUGUGUGAACAGGUAAUGAUGCACUAUACUGAUGAUCGUAUGCACUUCUUGAAGCUUCACAGAAGAGUUAAACGUGAGUUUUUGUAUCAGCAGACAAGGUUUAAUUGAGUUAACUCGGUAUAAGCAGGACUACAUAUAGCACAAUGUUCAGUUUCACAAAAUUGUUCUGAAUUAGGAUAGAGAUCAGUUAUUUUAGCAUUGUGUCUUAACAGCCCGCUAAUUCAUGAUAGUGAUAACAAUUCCCUGAUAAUUGUCUUGGGGAAUUUAUUAACUUGGGAGAGGUCCAUUUCCGGCUCAUCACGCUCUGUUGCGUUUUGAAUGGACUACCAUUCCCCUGAGAAGUUUUUCUCCAUCUUGGAAUGUAAACUGAGCUUCUGAGUAUGCACAGGUGAGCAUGGGGACAUGUAGGGCACUUGAUGUCCUUUUUUGAGUGCUUUGGAAAACUGUAUGUUCCAGCUUUCCUGCUGCUUGGGAAGCUCCUGGUUUCAGCAUUCCUGCUGCCGUAGAGGAAUGGAGACCUUGUAGAAAUCCAUAUUGGUUGCUGCUGUUGACUGAGCUGCUAACAGGCUAGCAGAGUGAAGCUCAGGGAAUUGUGGGGCAUGGUAGAGGGAAGCAAAUCUUAGAACUUGGUAGGGCAGCUACGAGGCUGGGUUUUUUCUGAAAAUGGCUCAUAUAUUAAUAAUGAAUUUUGUCAAAUCUUUUGCAGUCUUAUUGUAUAUGUUACAAAUAAAGAUGUACUGUAAAGUAUUUUUUACUCUG